AUGGAAGGAGGAGGAGAUGAAACAUGUAAUACAGGGCUCUCUCUUGGGCUCAGCCCAAGUUGGUUGGUUCAGAAACAGCAACAGGAGAAGCCUAAGCAGCAGCAGCCCAGAUCUCCUGUUCUUUUCCAUGUCUUGUUUCCUCCAAAUCUCAAAGAAGAAGUUUUCAGAGAUGGUGAUGAUGAUGAUGAUGAUGAUGAAGGCAAUUGCAACAGCAAGAAUAAUACAGGAAAGAAACUAAGGCUCACAAAGGAGCAAUCUACCUUGCUUGAGGAAAGCUUCAAAGAACACCCAACCCUUAAUCCGACCCAGAAGCAAGAAUUGGCAAAGCAAUUGAAGUUAAGGACAAGACAAGUUGAAGUUUGGUUUCAAAACAGAAGAGCAAGGAAUAAGUUGAAGCAAACAGAAGUGGACUAUGAAUUCUUGAAGAAAUGCUGUGAGAAUUUGAGCGAUGAGAACCAGAGGUUGAAGAAGGAAUUGCAAGAGUUGCGAUCGAUGAAGCUUGGUUCUUCUUCGCCGUUUUAUAUUCAAUUACCAAAGGCGACAACUUUGACGAUUUGCCCUUCAUGUGAGAGGGUUUCGAGGACCGGAGACGGCAAGAAUGGGAUCGAAGUUCUUGAUGUAGUGGCCGGUAAAGCUAGCAGUAUCAAGUUGUUUACAGGCAUGGAUGAUCAUGAUAGUACUACAAUGGCAUGUUAA